GGACUUGAUUCUCCUGGUUUUAGAACAAAGACUAAUCUUGACAUCCUGCAGACACCUGAGUGAUGCCUGUAGAUCUGGUCUGUAAAAUUCACGGUCACAGAUAUAUAUAACUGUUUUGAACCUUGGUGCAGCAUAUUAAGGAAGUCAGUCACUUAUUGUCAUGAAGAAUCACCUACUGAUUCACUCCUCACAAUAUAUUUCACAUUAGAUUGCUGUCCCAUUUACUGCGUUUCCUGUAAGGGCAAAAUGAGACUACACAUACCUAUUGUCUGUAGCCUAGCAUUGCUCUCUUUUAUGCAUUGAUGAAUUAGUUCAUAUGGAGUGAUGUUAAAAAAAUUGUCAUAAGUAGGAGAAGAAAAGCAGAUGUUUGAUAUGCAAUGAGACUUCUUUUUGAUGUUUGUUAUGCUGAGUCAGGCUGAAAUGAAAGCGAUCAAGGGAAAGCAUCAGAAGUAAGAGAUGACAGAGAACUUGACAAAAGCAAGAUUUGGAAAAUAAGUCUGAACUGCAAAAAAUAAAGCUUAUAUUCCCCCUGGCCUUGCAGGAAAGAAGGUAUCUUCCUGUUAGUGAUACAUUAAUAUCUGUACUGAGGUAGUAUUCUUCUUGAGCUUCUUCACACAGAAGUACUUGUCGGCUGGUUGCCCAAAAACUUCUUUGAAAUUUGCCUCUAAAAAUGAGGUUAGUUAAGCAAGAUUUCUUCAUUGUUACUGAUUUCUAAGAGAUAAUUAGUUAUCUUUCAAAUAGAAAAUAACUUGUUUCUAACAACAGAUUCUUCCCUAUCUGAAUUCAUUGUGUCUUAUCAGAGAUGCUCCAAUCUUGAGCUCCCCUUUGUUCUCUAUGUCUUUAUUUUUAAGUAAGGUUUUUUCCAGCCUACAAAUGGUUUCUCUCAGAUAAAUUCUUGGAACUCUUUCCGGCUCAUGUUAUUGAACACUGCACAAAUCUUCUCACAGUGACAAAAUUUAACAAACAGGAAGAGUAAUAAAGAGGUAAGUACGUUAAAAUCAUGAGCAGUUGAGGCCAGAGAGAAGAGCCGGGUCCAACUGCAAAUAAUCAAAUUUGAAGACAGUUGCUAGCAUCUCAAUGGUAGGGUGGCGGGCAUUUUAUGUGCUUUGUGGGUAUAUGAAGCUGAGGUGUAUGAAGCUGAUGCAGUAGCUCUCAUAUUCAAAAGUUACAAGGAAAUGCUGUGAGUUCAACUCUGGUAUGACCAGAUCACACUUUUAAGGGCUUUAAAUACCAGUUUAAGAUUUUAGUGUCAGAUGUUAAUUUUGUUCCAAAAUCAUGCCCUAUGUCUUGAAGAAAAACAAGGAGAAACUUUGGGGCUUUGUUGCUUACCUAGAGUCAGUGGUAUAGGAAAUUCGUUUUGAAACUGUGUUGUGGUUUUUCAGCUUACGGGGUUUGUUUUGUUUUGAGGUUUUGUUUUUGAGAAGAAAAUCUUUGUACAUGGUUCUAGGUAGGAGAAAUGUCUCCCCAGAGAUCACCGCACCAACACAUUUAAUCUCUAGGAUUACAUUGCUUUGCACAUUGUCAUAGCGCAUUGUGGUUGACAGAUUACCUUGUCUGAGGCUUUAUCCUGUGAAGACUUAUGAAAAUAUUGGUGAAGGGAAAGUGUCAGACAGCUGAACGUUUCCAAUCCUUACUUUUUCACAAUGCACCCUGCCAUUAGCCUGUUAAUAUCAGGCUUCCAGUUACAGCUCUGUAUGAUGGUACAGAGAUACUUCGUCAAAUAGCACAAGGGAGCCCUGAGUAUACAAGGAAAAAUAAACGCACAAGUACAGAACUAAGGCGAUGAGCAAAAACUCAGACUUGACGCAAUCUCCCAGACUUGAUGCAAACUCAGACUUGAAGCAAUGCAAAUUCAUAAAUGUUCUAUUACCGGCCAAGUACAGUAAUUGUAGCCAGAAAUGGUACACAGAGGGGAAAAAAAAGAAAGAAAUACUUUAUUUUAAAGAAAAGGAGUAGUGACUCGGAAAACAAUACUUUGGUCAUAUCUGGUGUUAACGUAGUGCAGAUAAGCAAAACUUAAUUCAGGAGUAGUCUCAGGAAAAAUGCUUCCUGUACAAACAGGGAACAAAGCACCAAACGCGCAAUUUGGCAGUGGUUGAAUGUGUGAAGAGGUGCUCAGCACUGUGCAAGAGAGGAUAGCAAAAAAUUACAAUGUUUUAGAAAGACGACAAAUAACAUCUCCUGGAUAAGUUACUCCAAAAAGUAGGCUGCUUGUGUCACUCAAUCUGGCAGAGCUUUACAGACCACUUACUGAAGGAAAAAGAAGAAAAAACCAACAGUAUUUCUAAAGCAAUUGAAGAAAUUAAGCAAAUAGACAGUAUCCUUGUCCUGAAUUACAUAGAGUCAGGUGGCCACCUCUGACAGCCCUAGGAAACUCAGCCAAGAUGCAUAUUUGCCUAGGCUCAAACAAUUUAAGCAGAACUCCCUAAAGAGUUGAUUGUCUGAUGCAUGCCAUGAAAGAAAUAUGAUCUGAUUUGGGGAAAAGCCACUAUAUUUUUACAAUCUGGUGCAAAAAGGAGUAUCAACAAUUUGGAUAGAGUGUUCCCUUAAGAACACUAGUGACUGGGAGGAGGGGUUGAGAAUGCCCCUGGAGACCUGAUUUAGGGAAUAUAUGAACCCUCACAGCACAGUAGCUGCUAUAUUAGAACAUCAUCUACCAUGAAAAUUUGUAUGACUGAGGACAACUGGUGGAAUGAUUCUUGUGUCUCCUAGAAGGAGCCAACAAAGCAAAACUAAAAUGUCUGAGGAAUAAGCACAACAUCAUACUUGGCGGACCUGCUCAUCACCAGAGCCUAUGGCACAAGUCAGGAAAAGUCACCACAAAAAGCCCACACGACUGUAGCUCUUGUGAUAUGGUAAUAUGCUGGCUGUCCAACAGGAGAAUUUGAGAACCAACCAAACCUAUGUCCUCAGUCCAACAGAAGUAGGAGUAAAUAUCAGUCAAGCUAUCUGUGAGACAAUUUCCAGGCAGAAGCAAGGAAGAAAUUAUGAGUGGGCAAAGAAGUGGCAUGAGCUUUACCAGUGUUCACACUUGUUCUUCUGACUGGAGAGAAGAGAAGCUUCAUCUUCCUAUGUGUUUCAAAAUAUCACUAUGGCUUGAUUGUCCAGUAUAGCAUAGCUUAAGAAAAUACUCACACCUUCAAUAAAUCUUAUACCAGAAAGUUCAGGAGCUCAUUGCAAUGCAUAUUGGAGCUGUUCGGAAGGAGAAGAAUGCCUCCAGGCAGAGACAGAUGCUGCUUACUGUGCAAAUAUGACCAUGAUAGAGAUCAGGGACUUGAUGUCCAGUGGGAUAUACACAUGGGGACAAGAUAGAAAGAGAGACAUGAAAAUACACAACUUCCAAAUGUACUACAGAGAAGUGGGAAGGAUGAGUGGCUUAACUGUGGGAAAAGAUACUGAAGUUGAAUGUCGCCAUUUUAACUAGGGCUAUUUGGCCUGCUCUUUGCUGCCUAGCCCAGAAGGCCAAACACCCUGUAUGAAUUUACCCACUACUUUAUCACUGCAGAUCUUUUUCCUGCUAACUUUACAAGCAUUCUUCUUGUAGUCACUUUCUUGGUGUUCCGGGAACUGCGUGAACUCCUGAAUUCCCAAGAGGUGCUGAGUAACAAUGAAGUGAUAAGGCAUUUUAGCAGGUACAGACUGCUAUCUCACUCUACCAUAUCACAACCAACAGCAUAUUAAUGAUAAAUUAGCACUUACAGUUUUAAUUACGUUAUGUCCUUCAGUGUGGUCUUAAGUUUACUGUAAGUACCAGGACUGGUGUGAGAAACAGUCAAAUGAGCCAGAUAAAGUUUGAAAUCUCCCUAUACUAGUAAGCAAAAGACUACAUGAAAUCAUAACCAAAAUGCCUUGUUAGGAUUAUUUGCUCAGCAUAAAAGAGGCAGUUUUACUGGGAAUUGAGGAGAUGUCUCUGGGGCUGGGAGCUUCCCACAUUGGCAGUUCCUCACUUGAGGGCUGUUCGUAACCUCUCCUUGGGCACAAAGGUACAGGCUUUGAUCAGAUAAAUCCUUGUCAUGUGAGGGAGAAAAGGACUGGCACUGGGACUGGAGGUGUGGUCAGUUACCCACUAAAAGCACAAAGCCUGAAGACGAGAUGUAAUACACACAGCAUGCCCUCAGCUGGGGACUGGUCAGAAAGGAAAGAAGCACAAACCAGCUAGGUGACCGCAGUGACCAGCUCAGAGCAUUGCCUCCACAGCAGCACAAAUUGCAGAGCUGUCUCCUCUUUUCCUCCUGAAACGUGGAGCUCUUUUGACUAGCCCAAUGUUUUUUCCUUUUCUUUUUUUCUAACACUUUUUGUAUACCAAGUAUGAAACCCAGAGACAACCAUUUCCACAGCAGUGAAUAGGUGAUGAGUCAUGAAACAAAAACAAGGUAGUGGUGGAAAAUAUGAGCGUUGGUGCAGGGAUGUACACAUGUAUAGAAAGAGAGAGGGUUUGAAGGGCCCCUGAAAUAAUAUUAACUGUCUAAACAGAGUACAGUAUUUGAACUUGGGCUUGAUAAUUCAGAUUGUGAUUGGGGAAAUGGUAAGGAAGACUUUCCCAAUAGAGUAAUAAAUAUAAGCUUAAUUGUAUGUCUCUGUAGGGGUUAACAAAAGCCUAGCCUGACGAACAGCAGAGGGAUUCCAGGAAUGCUUAAAAACUUGCUAUAUGCAGCACUGGUUGAUGUCAAGAAAAGAGAACAGCUAAACCCUUGUUCUACAGUGCCCCUCCUAAUAAAUCUGCAGUGGUAGCCUUGAGCUCAUGGCCAGCCUUCAACAGGGCUGCAGGAAAGCAAAUCAUGAACCAUCAUAGUAGCACCUGCUUGAUUUCACGUUUCCUGUAGGAAUAGGAAUACCCCCUGUACACUGCUUGCAUCCUAAUAAAGCAAUCUGGAUAACGGGGUGGAGGUAGUGUAAUGUAUAUCUACUUUUUUUCAGGAAGUCUCUAAUUACCUGUCCUUUUAAAAGUGGAAGAUUCAGAGCUCCCAAGUGCUCCAUGACCUAGACAGGACCAACUGCUGUUAUGAAUGGAGGGCUGCAACAAAAAAACACUUUUCUCUGGUGGUACCUGAGGUUGAGGCAGUUCCAGUGUGAGUCUUCAAGCUAUUUAUGAUGUUGUAGGUAAAAGUGGUAAGUUGGGACAAAAGGUGGAAGGAAAGAAGUGUGAGAUGGCAAGUGCAGAAGCGAGAGCCUCUCUGUUCCUGAGUGAGCCUGUCCUGCAGGCAGCAGAACAACUGCUUGCUCUGCAGCAAAAGGGGAGUUACAGGCAGACCAGACUAGGAAAUGGAUACUUCUGAAGGUCUGAGCGUUAAAGACAGCGUCACCAAUACUUGGGGUGGGAAGUCUGUUAAAGUCAGAAAAGUCUUGACAUUUCCAGUGAUGAGAGAACAAGGCAGGUGGGCCAGUCCCCCCACGCAGCAACUGUACUCCCUCACAACCUCUCUCUGCCUAAUGAGAGAGCAGGAGGACAAGGAAGGGACACCUGCACCCCAUAUUUAUUCCAUGGGUUGUGUCUCCUCUCCCCAUGCCUUGGGGAAGGGAUAUGUGAAGGGAUGCAGCUCUGGGUUUUGUGUGUCAUGAAUGGAGUUUGAGGGGUAACAGAUCCUCAUGAGGGCCAGAGGCAGCCUUGAGGAGGGAAAGGAGCCUGCCAGGGUGGUGUAACUCUUCCCUAGCAUGUGGCCCACAAUGUUUACCCAGCAUCCAGCAGUGGAUAAUAAGGAGGAAAAUACUGCUCCCUCAGCAUCUCACAUCACCCCCCUCCUUCAACAAUCCAUCAGUUCCUUUAUCCCAAACACAGGAAAUUUCAUGUGGAAAUUACUUUUGAGGGGAGGGACCACACAGUCAGCUCAGGAGACAGCACCUUCUGAGACAGUGCUGGGAGAAAACUGCCACAGUAAAAGCCUGAGAGAGGUGGCCUUACUUCUUUGCCACCAGAGGAUGGUUGUGGGUGUGUGACUGACUACAGACAAAAGCAAGCACUGACUUUGAGAGGGUGCUGCAGGCUGGAGCCAUCCAGCUUCACUAUUCAGAAAUGUCACCAUCAGUAUGAGACCCGGUGCACAGCAGAACUGAAGCUUAAGGAGAUACAUACUGGACACCCUCAAACCAGUAGCCACUCUUAAAACUUUUAUUUUGGGGCUGAGUUAUAAACUGAAAAUAAUAAUAAUGUUGGUUUUCUCAUGGAAGUUUUGCUAGGCUGUGUCAUCACUAAAGCAUGGAGAGACCUUCCGUGCAAGCCGAUAUUAAAUCAGAGUGUUUACUUAAUAUGUUGUUGUAUUAACUCCAUUGCUUCUAUAACUGGUUAUGUAACCACAAAUCAUGUGGAAGUCUUAGAUAUGGGUGGUUUUUUUUCCUCUAAACAGGUAAUGUUGGGUUUGUUUCCCUUUAGAACGGAUUUUCUCUUCCAGCUCCCACUACCCAAACUGUCAUAUUGUAUCCUUGAGUGUCUUUAUCCAUCCUCCUGUAAAGCAGCAGUCUUUGCGGGAGCAGUUCCUUUAGGGAACCUCUAAAGCCCAUAGCACUGCAGGAAAGCUUCCUCUGCCCCUCGUGGGAAAAGCCCUUCUCCUGGCCAGCAAACACAUCAUUGAAUCUGCUGGUGCUGACCAGAGACCUCUUCUUGCAGUUGGCAGUGACAUCCACAGAGAUGACUGGGUAUUUCAUUUGAGGAAGAACAGCCUCUGUGGGAUGAAGGACAGCCCAGCUUCUACAAUAACAUCUGACAGCUUGGGUAAACAUCAUUAAAAAAUGUAGAGUCCUUAUGAAUUCUUCUCUCCUUCAGCUGAAAACUUUUCCCUAAUAGUGUCUUUCAACAAUAAGGAGCCCCCAUAAGCAUGAGGUAGUAUCAUCCCUGAGAGCCAGCUGCUAUGGUGGUGCAAACCAAAGGAACUCUGUUUUUGACAGAGCUAGUUCAUCUGAAGAGAUAGCCCUCCAACAGUAUGGACUGAUUGCCCCAUACAAGUGUCCUGAGGCUCAAAGUACAUUUAUUCCCUAUGCAGUUUUGGACAGCCAGUGCUCCAAUAUAGCUGCGUUUGCUGAGAUGAUAUCCAACACCCUCGUGUGCUGCCUCUUGCUACCAGUGAAAAAUGGAGCUCAAUCAGUUUACAUACAAAAUGCGCGUGAAGCAGCGGGAUCAGGGAAUUAAUUUUGUCUCCCUAAGCAGUAACAAAAAUGCCCUCAUGAUCCCAGCCCACUCACCAUAAUAUAGUAAGACCACGAUUAGCACUUAAUACUAUUUAAUAAAUAUGCUGUUUAACUUAAUCAGUAAUUGCACAGAUAAAUAACAGACUUGACCAGUCAGCGAGGUGAAAUAAUCAUAAGGAAAUAAUACGCUAAUUCUGCUUUCCAUUUUAAGGUUGCAUUUGGGCUUCCCUCCCUAAUAUCCUGCAGAAGUCGUCUUCCAGCAUUGCAGAUACAUUUGGCUAUCAAAGGGGUCUGUGUUUCUUUAUUUUGUAUUUAUUGCUGAAUGGGCAAGAGAACCUUCAUCUAUUAUUUGGGGGGCAGGGGGCUGUGAGAAAGGGAAGAAUAAAAUUAAACUGUGGUCCGAAAGUUCAUAAUACCUUUUUUGAUCGGGUUUGUAAUUCAGGAAGUCUUUGAAAGAAGAAGAUUAAAAGUAUGUUUCAAACCGAAAUUACUUUGAUAAAUUCAAGUCAUAGAGCAGACUCUUAUGAGCACUCAAAGGCAUUUCGCUGGGCUCGAGGACCCUGGGAUUCUGUAAAGCAUCUGCAGAGGUUCCUGACACCUCCCCCUUGGUCCCCACUUAAGAACGUGGCCUGCCAGGUAUCUGUCAGGGCUGGAGCUUGCUCUAACAGGGCAUCUUGUUCAGAUAGGCACACAGUGACUUAAAACCUAACUUCUUUUCACUUCCCAUUUUGAGAACCUCCAUCCACAGAGCCCUCGAAUACAGCACACCCACCUUACAGCAUCCUCCUUCUGCAAACUUAUAUUCUUGAGGUUAAAUAUUAGCCAGCAACAGCUCACGUACAUAGAAUUUGGCAUUAUUACUUGUGUAAAUGUAUAAUCAUUGAAGGGAGUUUCCAAGGGAGGAGGUGUAAGCUGCGCAGCUCCUCCUGGGUCCCUCUGAUGUUGCAGAGCAGUUGAGGCACGGAGCAGCUGCGUGAGUGGUGUGCUCACCUCACCCUCCUCCCUUGCCUGCUGCCAGCGCACAGCCCAUCACAGGGGCUGUGAUGGGCAGGGGAUUUCAGACUUACAGUUGUCAUGAGAUUUACCCAAUUCUGCUGUCUCAUUGGCCCUGUAUCAAAGGCACCCGAUAUACACUGUAUCUUGAAAAUUCAACAGAAGGCAGCCCUAUAAACGACUCGCUGCUGACCUUUGUUUCGAGUACCAAUAUUUAGCAAGCAAAUAUUUAAAACUGUGCCGUUAAGAAGGGAGGCACAGCUUUACUGUGGGGUGCUGCUGAGAAGCACCUAGCCUGUGCAUGGGAAGGGGCAAGCAGCCUUCUUCCCCUCCUCUCCCUCCCAGCAGAGCAGCCAGCCCUGCCCACCAUGCCCGCACCAGGGAAGGGGCAGAUGCUUAGCCCCCAACAAGGCAGAUGGCUGCUGUACCAAGCAAGUCAGGAGUUUUAAAGCUCUGGAGGGCUGGGUGAAGCUGUUUCAAUGCCAAAGGCAAAAUAACCAUGGCCAUGGCAGACGCGGAGGCUCUGUGAUCCACCUUGCCGAUCCAGCUGCCUGGUGUGACCAGAGCACAGCUGGCGCCAAAAGACUGUCCCCAACCACUGGUCUGUUGCCAUGGCUGGGACCCACAUACUGAUGAGUCUUCAAGAAAUCAAUUGGUCUCAGUCAGGUGCAGCAACAGGCCAACAGGGUAUUUUUCCCUUGGGAGUGGCGCAGAAUUAGCUCUGUUGGUCAGUGUAUAAUUAGAUACUUGCACCUAACAGUAUUCUUUCUGUUGGAUUUUUAUAGUUUUGUCUCUUCUUUUUUAAACAUGAAAAAUAAUCAGUCUUAAAAUAAAAUAAUAAAAAAAAUUACCCUGGAAAGAGUCAUCUAUAAAAAGAGAAAAUCCUUGCCAGGGGAACGCCACAGCAAUGAGCCCAAGCCGCAGAAAGCCUCGUUGCAGGCUUCGCUUUUCCACAGCUACUCAGAGGUUAACCAGGGUCUGUAAGCAAACAGCUUAAAGAAGGAGCCCAGCUUAGUGCCUGGGUGUCUGGGUCUGUCCCAGGGACCGCCAGCCUAAUGCCCUCCCAGCAGCCCCUCCCUCCCAAAGGCGAUGCUGGGCAAACAGAGCCAGCCCUCGCCCUCUCCUUGCGCAGCAAGGAGUCCACGGCGGGGGACGGACUGGACCCAGGCUGGGGCUCAGGGACAUCACAGAAGCGGAUGUUUCACUUCAGAUGGGUGCGGAGCCAUGUCUAUAUAAACCCUGGAGCAGCAGCCCGGGAGGAUUGUUAAGCACACCCACACCUCGGCUCACUUGGCAGUGUGGCGAGGUGCUGUCAGCUGUCCCAGUAGCUGCACACUGGUGUACAGGAGCUCAGGAGCAUGGGCUCCCGCCUGCUGCUGAUGCUGAUGCUGCUUCAGGCAGCUUGGAAAGGUGUUCUGGGAAAAUCCCAUUCACUGCACACCCGAGGAAUCGUCGAAUUGGCAGGGGCUAUAUCAUGUGGCACAGGACGGUCUCCCUUGGCAUAUAUUGGCUACGGAUGCUACUGUGGACUGGGAGGACAAGGCUGGCCUAAAGAUAGAGCAGACUGGUGCUGCCACAGGCACGACUGCUGCUAUGACAAGGCAGAGAAGGAAGGUUGCAGCCCCAAGGUACAGCAGUACCAGUGGGCGUGUGAACAGAACACUGUGCAGUGCGAUAACCUGACUGACCGAUGUGAAAAAAUGGUGUGCCUGUGUGACCAAGAAGCAGCCAAGUGUUGGGCAGCCGCACCGUACAACCCACUCUUCAUCCUCUGGCCAAACUUUUUAUGUGGACAGACUCAUCCCACCUGCCAUUUCAGAUAUGGGGGGCCAGAAUAGUAUUUUUAGGACUUUGCUUCUAACCCUCUGAAUCUGUAGGUGCUGGAAUAAAAUUUUACCUCUUUUACCAG